UUGUUGCGUGAAUUGAAUGCGACCAAAAAGACACCCCCUUUUCUCUCUUUUUCUCUCUCUAGAGCCUCAGAUAGAAAGAAGAAAGGAAUAGAAUCUCUUUCCUACAAAUACCAAGUGAGAAUAGAAUGCCUCUCAAUUUAUCUUGCGACUUCUUUUACAAGCCUUGUUCUUUUUUUCUUCCUAAGUUUGUUCUGAUUUGAUUUUCAGAGACUUAAGGUUGAAAAAGAACCCAUACACACAUACACACGCACCCCACCAACAAAAAAAAAAAAGUGGGCUUUCUUUAAAGUUUAAUCUCUCCUUAUAAAUACCAAUCACUGGUUUUUGACAAUAGAGGCCGCUGCUUAUUAUUCAAAGGGUGAAUCUAGAGUUUGUGGCAUAGAGUUCUCAAUGGGAGAAGCCCCAGCUUUCAUUGAGGAUGAUCUGCAGAAGGGUUUUUCAAAUGGGUUUGAUUUGAAAUCUAAGGAUUCAACACCAACUGUCAUUGGCAAUAAAGCAUACCUGAUUGAUGGAGCUGAUGAUGAAUCAAUCAGAGUUCAAGUUUUGGACCAUAGUAGAGGCGGAUGGGUGAAUCCUACUGUGCUAGGAACAAAACCCAAGCCAUGUAAAGGCCAUUCAGCAGUGCCUUUAAAUGAGGGUCAAAUAUUGGUUAUUCAGAAAGGUUCUAGCAUAGAUGAUGGCGUUUGGUUUCUUGAGGUGGACACCCAAUAUGUUAGGGAACAGAGAAAAAUAUUGGGGACUGAGGUUGUUGCUUGGAGCAAGGGUGUGAAGGGCAACGCCGAGAAGCCAGUUGUUAUCAGUGGUCCUUCUGGAGUAGGUAAGGGUACACUGAUAUCCAUGCUUAUGAAGGAAUUUCCAUCUAUGUUUGGAUUUUCUGUGAGCCACACAACCCGGGCUCCAAGGAACAUGGAGAAGGAUAGUAUUCAUUACCAUUUCACCGAACGAAGUGUUAUGGAGAAAGACAUAAAAGAUGGAAAGUUUCUUGAGUUUGCUUCUGUUCAUGGAAAUCUCUAUGGAACUAGUGUUGAAGCUGUUGAAGUGGUAGCAGAUGCCGGGAAGAGAUGCAUUCUUGACAUCGAUGUUCAAGGGGCAAGGUCUGUAAGGGCUAGUUCUCUUGAAGCUAUAUUCAUCUUUGUCUCCCCACCAUCAAUGGAGGAGCUGGAGAAGCGCCUCCGUGCAAGGGGGACAGAGACAGAGGAACAGAUCCUAAAGCGACUCCGAAAUGCUCGGGCAGAAAUGGAGCAAGGGAAAUCAUCAGGCAUUUUUGAUCAUUUCUUGUAUAAUGAUAAUCUUGAAGAGUGCUAUGAAAAUCUUAAGCAACUCUUGGGACUUGAUGGAAAUGUCACUGCUACCCCUAAAUCAUCACCAUAUGGGGUUGAUCUUCCUCUGGACUUGUCAAUUUCAAAAAUUGAUCAGAAAAUCAUCAUUAAUCGUGGAAAUCCAGAACUGAAAACUGCUACAAAGGACUUGAUUGGGUUGGAUUUGUCCACUCUCAAAGGAGGGGCACCUGGACGGACGAGAGGCCUAAAUGUUUAUGCCAUUGAUUCAAUUUCAGAUGAGUUGAAUGGAUUCAACCAGCUGAGCUAACGACUCCCAGCUUUGGCUAUACUAACUUGGGGUCUCAUUUUCAAAAAUUUUCUUUAAUCUUUCCUUUAUGUAACUUCAAAAGAGGAAAAGGUCAUAAUGUUCUAGAUGUCAUUAUGUGAGACCAUAGCAUUAUUUCCAUUCUUUGCUUGUUUGAGAAUAUUUGAACAUUUACCACUCCCAACUUGGGCAAUGAGAAAUGGAUUAUGAAUU